AUGCAAAAACCGGCGAAACAAGUACCGGAACCGGAACCGGAGCCGCCCGCUCCCGUGCAGCCAAAGCCUUCAAAAUGGUUCACAAGGCGCACUUCGCUGAGGAAGAAGCCCUCCGAACAGCCCGGAAACUUAUUCCACCCGCCCGACAGCAAUGUGGGCCUCUACAAGGCCACCUUCUACAGCAACAUUGGGUCCUUCCUCUUUGGGAUCGCAGUGGGUUGGUCGGGAGCGGCGGAAAAGUCGGUGAUGCAGAGGCACAGCUAUGAUUUUCAGCCCUCGGAGGACGAAUGGAACGGUGUGUGCUUGCUGUUGACCCUGGGAGCGGCGGUGUGGUGUGUGCCCAUGGGAUUGCUGAUGCGAUGCUGCGGCUGCAGGCGCACCAUCCUCAUCCAACUGGUGCCCAAUGCGCUGGGAUGGUUGCUCACCGUCUUCGCCAAGAGUAUACCAAUGCUGUACGCCGGUCGCUUUGUCCUGGGAAUGUGCGGCGGUGCCCAUUGCGUGGUGGUUCCGAUCUACAACUCCGAGAUCAGUCCGAUUAGGAAACGCGGCGCCAUGGGUGUGCUCUUCCAGGGAGCCUGCAUUUUCGGUGUGAUCUACAGUUUCAUGAUGUCCAUUGUGCUGGAGCUGUGGAUCAUUAAUUUAAUGAAUCUGGGCCUGCUCACACUUGGCCUGCUGCAGAUACUCAUGCCCGAGUCGCCGGCGUACUAUGUGGAACGUGGCAAUAUUUCGCGGGCGGAGGCCUCACUGCGUUUCCUGCGCGGUGCGAAGUACGAUCCACGGAGGGAGAUCGACCACCUGAUGCGGACACCCACACGGAUCGAGUACGACGUGCGCCAAGGACCGCUGCGGGGCUUCAAGUAUAAGAAGAUACGAAGGAGCCUGGCGCGGGCCUUGGUGCUGGCCGUGCUGCAGAAGAUGUGCGGUGCCCUGAUCUUCAUCUUCUUCGGCCCAAAUAUGCUGGACUGCCUCCGGAUUCGGCACGAACACGGUGCCUUUCUGGCCUUGGCGGUGAUCACGGGCUUUCUCAUCUGUUUUUUCCUUGUGGAUCGAGUGGGUCGCCGACCCCUGCUCAUCAUCUCCUCGGCCUUCAUCUUCUUCGCCUCCGUUUUCCUGGGACUGUACUUUAAGAUAUGGGUGACCAUAAACUACACCAUCCUGCCCUGGAUCGCCUUCUUCUUUAUCGGCCUGUUCGUGGGCUCCUACACCGCCGGAGUGGGAUCGCUCACCUGGCUGCUCAACGCGGAGCUGAUCGUGCGGCUCAUGCGACCCGUGGCCUGCUCGAUAAUCUGCGCCUGCAACUGGCUGACAGCCUUCUUCGUCGUCUUCUGGUUCACCUUCCAUGACAUCAAGUGCCAGCCGUACCUCUUCCUGCUGUUCGCCAUCAUCGCGAUCAUUAUCAUGCUCUACACCCUGGUCUACAUCCCAGAAACCAAGAGAAUGACCUCGGCCAAGAUCCAGCAGCGGAUGGGCGGGAUCAUGAACCGACCAGCGUCCAUCAUUAUCACGUCUAGCAGCGACUCGUCCAAUGCUUAGUCAUUGUAUUCUCAAAUAAAUUCAAGUGAUAUUUU